ACGCCACAUGGCCUUUGGCUUACACCCACAAAACAUCUGGGAGUAUUCGCAUCCAACCGUAAGCUGUCUUAGUUUGAAAACGCAAAGUAUUUAAUUCAUAGCUUUGUCUCAUAUCAAAGUUACGGUUUUUAUAAAUAUAUUUGAUUAUUUCGGUGUUAUGUUUUUGUUGUUAUAUUUUACAUUGGCAUAAAAUUAUAAUAUCUUAAAAAACAAAAAAAAUUUUAACUUUUUUUUUUUUUUUUUGCUGUUUUACUUAGAAAUAUGCCGGAUAAAGUUAUCAGGGGUUCAUAGCUAUCCUGUCGAACCCACUUAUCUUGACCUCGUUAACUCGCCAACCCUUUUAAGUCGACUUUUUGACGUGGAACAGCCAAAUUCUCUCUUUGUUUUAGCAUUUUCUCCUCGGUUAUGUCGAUUCUGUUAUGUCGCCAAACCCUAAUAUCUCGAAGCCAGCACAAAAGGUGGCAUUUAAAUUUGCUACAUAACCUCGGUUAUCUCGAUCCCCAUAACCUGUCGCCAGCUUUUGAACUUCUCAAGAAGAAAUAAAAAACAAAUGAAUAAGUUUUGCAUAAUUAAAAAUGAUUGUUUAUUUCUCAAAAAUACAGUACUUGUGUUAUAUAAUGAACCUAGGAGUAAUUUAAAUAAAUGUUGUUUUUUUAAUUUGAAGUUUAAAAAUCAUUCAUAAGAUUUUGCUGUGUGCAAAAAACUGUUAAACUAGAGACCGACCGAAAGUGAUUUUCUGAUUUAAAAGAUCGUUUAGUUUGUGUUAUUAAAAGAUCGUUUAGUUUGUUCAUAAAGAUGGCUAAGUUUCCUCUUAAAGAUCAUUGUUUUUGUUCUUAAAUAUCGCUUAGUUGUUCUUAAAGAUCAUUCAGUUUGUUCUUAACGAUCAUUUAGUUUGUUUGUAUAUAUCUUUUAGUUUGUUGUUAAAAAUCGUUUAGUUUGUUCUUAAAGAUCGCUUAUUUUGUUGUUAAAGAUCGCUUAGUUUUUUCAUAAAGAUCGCUUAAUUUGUUCUUAUAGAUAAUUGAUUUUGUUUUAAGAUUGAUUGGUUUGUUCUGAAAGAUCUUUUAGUUUGUUCCUAAAGAACAAUUAGUUUUCUGUUAAAGAUCGCUUAGUUUAUUCUUAUAAAUCAUUUAAUUUACUAUUAAAUAUCAUUUGUUUUGUUCUUAAAGAUCAUUUAGUUCGUUCUUAAAAAUCGCUAAGCUUGUUCUUUAAGGUCGUUUAGUUUUUAAUUAAAGAUCGCUUAGACUGUUCUUAAAGAUCGCUUAGUUUGUUUUAAAGAUUGUUUAGUUUGUUCUUAAAUGUCGCUUAGUUUGUUUUUAAAUAUCGUUUAGUUUGUUCUCAAAGAUCGCUUAAUUUGUUCUUAAAGAUCACUUUAUUUGUUUUUAAAGUUCGUUUAGUUUGUUCUUAAAGAACGCUUAAUUUGUUCUUAAGGAUCGUUUAGUUUGUUCUUAAAUGUCGCUUAGCUUGUUGUUAAAUAUCGCUUUUGCUGAAAAUUAAAUGACCGAAACCUCAGUCACUCUCGGCCGGAUGGCCGAAAGUUUAAGUCAAUUUCGGCCGAAACCGAAAAAAACGAAAGUUAACUUUUCUCUUUCGGGUGAAAUCGAAAUUAAGCCGAAAGUUAACUUUCAGUUUCGGCCGAAACCGAAACUUGGCCGAAAGUGAUAAAAUGGCCACUUUCGGCGCCAAAACCGAAGCCGAAAUUCGGUCGGUGUCUAUGUUAAACCAUCGGUCAAAGAAAGCUUUAAUUAAAUAUUCAUAUGCCAAAGAUGAAUUAUUUAAGCUGAGAUAUUAUUUUUUUAUGGCCUAGAUUUUUUUUAAAUGGUUUUGAUUAAGUAGCCUUAUCGUGGGAUUUUAACUAGAAUCUAACUUUAAUAUUAGCAAUCAAGCAAUAGGCCUACCGGCCAAACAGAGAGCCAACAACCCUUCAUAUUUAUUCAACCAUCUGAGGACAGCAUUACGAAACAGAAAAAAACAAAUCAAGCUUCACUUAGUCACAACCUGGUAUCUUGAAGUCUGUUCAUGAGUUCUAUACCACGCCAACAUAAGUUUUAAUCAGUGCCAACAUAAGUUCUUUGCCAAAAUUGAACCUUAUUUGAAAAUCGACCGUCAGAAUUUACUGUAGAUUACGCUCCUUCCAAAAAGUGCAUUCAAUGGAUUUCCAAUUAGUGAGCACGGUGAUCUGAAACAAGACAGAUUGAAUCAGAUAUUUUUGAUAUAAUAAAUAUACGUAUUCGAAUCAAAUAUAAACCCAUAUUAUGGAUGCUGCUUCUGAACCAUUAAUUUAUGUAUGUCAAAGGUCAUUAAGGGCCCCCUCUAGAUGGCUAUAAUUUAACACCAGUGGUGAGGGAGGGGUGGGCCAAUUCAAUGUUCGCCGGCCUAAGGAAGGAAUAAUUUUGAGCCCCACCUUGGGUUGGCUGUAAAUAAGCAUUUUUCCCUAGAGUUUUUAACUCUGUGGGACCCUCAUGACAGACAUUAGCUAUACCUUCAAUGGGAGACUUGUAUAUUUCGUAUGUUUACACUCUAAUAUGUCUCACUACAGAGUUUAAAUAUCCGCCAUGAUGACCAACCGCACACCACUCGAGACGUUGAUGUCACGUUAUCCCUGCACAUUUAACAUCACACCAGAAAUAGAUUCUGACGCCAAACUCAGAGAGGUGCAAGGAAAGUUGAAGUCAGAAAUUCAACACCCAGGCGAUGAUACCGUCAAUGAUAUCCGGAAUAGAAACCUGCUGACGUGGAUCGAAUACAAAUUGGGAGAUUUGCGGUCAGCAGUUCAACAAAAUGAAGACGUCAUUCGGAUGACCAACUCAAACGAUAUGGUAUCCCUUGGAAAUCGAGUUUUUCUUCUAAAAGAAAAGGGAGAAAACUAUGACUCUGCUUUCCAAAGUCUUAAAGCUCUAACCCUCAGACCAGAUGCCGGGAAAUUAAUGGGUACAGCCAAAGCAGACCAGGCGUAUUCGUACGCAAGGAUUGGCGGGCCGAAAAAUCAACAGUACGCCAUUGAUCUGUACGUGGAAGCUCUGCAAAUAGAACCAGACAAUUUCCAUUGGAAAUUCGGUCUUGGUCUCGCCCUAAGAAGGUCUAUUCACAAGGAGAUGGCAAGAUCACCCGAGUUUAGAAUGUCUUUCGCACAACGCGUCAAAGAAGGAGCAAGGGUCCUGUUUGAAGUGGCAGAGACCGACAGCCAGAGAAACUUGUUUCGGAAGCGCGCCUACGGGGAGCUCGCUUUUAUGAGGGGGCUUGUGGAACAGCAGAAAGACAUCCAAGGAGGCAUGAGCGUGAAGGAGAUUUUCCGUAACAUGACGAAAGUGGAUUUGGACGGGAAGGCCAAGAAUAUCAGAGAGUAAAAAAAGAAGUACAACUAACGGCGAUAAGGAGGAGAAGAGGAUCGGGUAAAAAAAUCAGCAACUUUUGAGAUUAACUUGUACGAUGUCUCCCAUAAUACGAACAAAAGAAAUUUGUAGAUGAAGGCAAACAUUAUUAGAAAGAGUAGGUAGUAAUAUUUACUUGAAGGCUAAAAGAUGAAACAACGGACUUAGACGAUGUGUCCUGUCUUAAGGUGGCAAGGAGCUGCAAAAGAACUCUCUUUAACUACGAGAGGAUCGAGGAGAAAACGUGUAUACAAAUAGAAGCAUAGACUAGAAAAAGCUUCACGCGUGAGCUUAUUUUUAACAGCUCUUUCUUUAUCAACUGUUGUGUUGCAAGGAUGAAAUAAUAUGUAUACACUUGAUGAAUUAGUUCCAACAUACACAUGACCGACGGAACAUAUAGCCACAAAGUAUACUCAAAUGACUAUGAUUAUUAUAAUCUCUGACCCUAAUAUUAAUCUCGUUUCUUUCUUCACUCUCUUUCAUACGAAAUAUUCAUGAAUUUAUUAUUAUUGAUUUUUUUAAAAACCAUUUUAUUGUGGCUAUUAAACUAAAAAUUAACCAUC